CUGAUUUUAUUACAACAUUAUAAUUCUUCUCAUUUUCAAACAAGUAAACCCAGCGUAGUCGUGUCACUAGGGAUCGGAGCAGAUAUUCGAGCAGAGGAAAAACUCAAGGAAGUGCUGCCGAAGGUAAAGAUCUUUUCUUUAUUUGUUUACAACGAUGCAAAAAUGGCAACAUAUCAAGUAAAACUCUCUGUUCGUUCCGGUAAUGACAUAAACACGUUGCGUGACCAACACUGGUCCUUCUUCGGAGCGGAUCCCGUUAUGAUUCCCAAUGCCGAGCUCUUCAGUAAAGUGGGAAAGUUCUUUCCAUUUGCUAUUACAAACAGCGUAACAAUAAAUCGACAAUACCGAGUGACCGUGGAGCAUAUCAAUGUCCUGGGUUUUUUCCUGAUAAUGCUUGAGCGUAACUUCAUCGACCAUGUGAUAAUGGACAAUGAGGGACCGGAAUACGACUUUAUACCGAUGAUAGCCAUUAAUAAUGUGUUCGCUAAAAAUGGUAUUUGCAUUUGUCACAUGAAUGUUGAAGUGAGUGAAGGUUACGAGAAAUUCACGAAGAUCAUGUGGGAUUUGUUGGUUGCUGGUCGCUUUGGCAUCAUUCACAAUCUCAGUAUCGGUCACCAACGAAUGUUCAUCGUUAAUUACGAGGACCGACGAUGUACAGAAAAAUAUCUCGAACAAUUUUUUAAAUGA